UCAAUCCAAAAACCCCGAAGCUACACAUAAACAGCGACGAAGACGAAGACGAUUGCUGCAUCUUCCUACUGAGAAUUCAACAAUCGCUGAUUAUUUGUAACUGAAGGGAGACAAAAUUAGCAGAGAUGAAGCGGCGAGCCAUUUUUAUCUCAUCGAUUGCAGCGGCGAUGCUGGUGUUUAUGGCGGCGGCGGUUGCUGGUGCUGAGCGCGAAAAUAAGACGUCGUCGCUAGGGGCACUUUGGUCCAGCGCGAAAGAGGAAGGAGAUGAUUUAGGCGGUCCUCCUACUACUGUCCAGGAGGAGGAGGAACGCCAUUUGGACGGCGGAUUCUCUACCCUUGAAGGAAUGUUACAGUGGUCUAUUGGCCAUUCAGAUCCGGAGAAGUUGAAGGAAGCAGCAUUAGACAUCGAGCGUCUUUCUUCUCAAGAUCUAAAGCAACGCCAGGUGGAAAUUAAGGAACUGAUGGAUAAAUUGAAGACGCCAUCAGAUGCAGAGUUGAUGAAGAUUGCAAUAAAUGAUCUUAACAACUUGUCUAUAUCAUUGGACGACCGUCAUCGUGCGCUUCAAGAACUCCUGAUACUUGUGGAGCCAAUAGAUAAUGCAAAUGAAUUGCACAAGCUAGGGGGACUGACUGCAGUCAUAAAGGACCUUAACCAUUCAAACCCAGACAUAAGAACUAUUUCUGCAUGGAUUCUUGGGACAGCCAGCCAAAAUAAUCCCUUUGUUCAGAACCAGAUUUUGGAGCUUGGAGCACUGGCAAAGUUAAUGGAGAGAGCACAUUCUGAAUUCGUUGAAGAGGCCAUAAAAGCAUUAUAUGCUAUUUCAGCUUUGAUUAGAAAUAAUCUUGAGGGGCAACAGUUAUUUUAUAAGGAAGCUGGAGAUUUAAUGCUUCAGAAAAUACUGAGCAACUCUAGCAUUGAUAUCAGAUUACACCGGAAAUCAGUUUUCCUCUUGGCUGAUCUUGUUGACUGUCAAUUGCAAAGCAGAAGCGAUACACAACUGCCUUUUUCCAGCAAUCACAUCUUGUUAAAAUCUGUUGUUGAUCUAACGGCAUCAACAGACCUUGAUCUCCAGGAAAAGGCCCUAUAUGCAGUAAAGAGUUUGUUGAUGCUAAGGUCUACUGAUGCUCUUGUCUUCAAAGACAUCUGUGAACUGGAUUUGGCACUAGGGAGAAUGAAACAGCAGUUGCUGCAAUUGAUUCUCGAUGAUCAAUAUAAGGAGUAUGCUUUGGAUGUAGAAAAUCUUCGAAAAGAAGUUGAGCUUAUUUUCCUCAGAAAGCUUGAAAAGGGUAAGCCAACUUUUACACAACCAUUGGGCUUGACGGCGCUUCAGUAACCGCACACAGUUUGAUAAAGUUAGACCUUCCUUGAACUCAUUCCCUUGUUAGAGUAAGUGAGUAACCAUUUUGGCAAUGCCUCUUCAACCAGGUGCUACAGUCCUUUCUGCACUUUCUUUCGAAUUUUACUGAAAAAUGGAAGUACCAAUUCACGUGGAAUGCACUGGAGGCUUUCUCAGAUAUUUAUAUAGUAAAAAUUAUCGUUUUAUACAAUUAUCAUAGUGAAUUUGUUGUGUAGCUUAAACUCAAUCAUGGCACUUCUUCACUUCCCUUGCAAUUCCAGUGGUUGUUCGUACAA